GAAUUGGCAGCUAAUAUUUAUGAAAAUUUCGUUAUUAUACAUGGGAGAAGUGAAAAGAAUUGUCAAAAAACUGUUGAGGAAUUGGGAAUGGAACACGAAAUUGUUGGGAAUAAUAGAAAACAAAGGAAUGUAGACUUUGUAGCUGCUGAUUUUUCGAAACUUUCUGAGGUAAUAUAUUAGACCGGGGAUCGAAAAAUUGCUCUUAAGAAGAAGUAAAGUGUUGGGUAGUCGAUCCUUAUACUGCGGGGGCAGUUUAAAGGAAGUUUAACUAAAAUAAAGAUUAAUUAGUUUAAUGAUGCAAACUUGACUGUUGGUUUGACAAAUUCUUUAAUAAAUUUAAGGUUUUAAAAAUGUCAGAGGUUGUUCGGUUAAGAUUUCCUCGACUAAAUACAUUAAUCGCUUGUGCAUCUGUUGUUGUUCAGCGAAGAAUAAAAUCUCAUGAUGGGCUUGAACUUACUUUACAAAUCAACCACCUUUCUCACAUUGUUUUGUUCAAUGAAUUACUACCAUUGCUUGAGCUAAAUUCUCCAUCAAGGAUUUUAACCAUUGGUUCUAUGUUGCAUAACUUGUAUGUUUUUAUUAGAGAUCGAAGAUCUCAUAUUUCCGGGUCUUGUAUCCGGGUUCUCUUUUCUUUUAACUGA